AUGCGUUCUUUUGUGAUAUUGUCAAUAUUUGUUGUCCUUGUGGCUUUUGUCUGUGCCAAAGAAGAAUCAGUUAAAUCUGAAUUUUCAAGAAGAGUCCGAAGGCAACUCGGUGGAGGUGGAAUAGGACAAGCCUUUAAUGCUGGGGCUCAGGCAGCUGCAGGUCUUUUUGGAGCUGGAGCACAAGCCCUAACUGGUGGACUUAGUGCUUUCGGUGGACAAGGUCUUGGUGGACAAGGAGGCGGUGGACAAGGAUUUGGUGGACAAGGAGGCGGUGGACAAGGAUUUGGUAGACAAGGAGGAGGUGCACAAGGAGGCGGUGGACAAGGAUUUGGUGGACAAGGAUUUGGGGGACAAGGAUUUGGUGGACAAUGA